AUGGAUUCCAAAAAGGAUAAAACAAACUAUGUCCCCCCUUUACCCCGCCCCCCAGAGUCGCCCCCCAACACGGCGGGGGCGCGGGAAGGGGGCUACGUGGGGGAUAUUUGGGAGCCCUCGGGGGAGCGCAGUCCCCCAUACAAGGACGCAUACCGGGAGUUCGAGCGGCGGUUCCUGCCCGCCAUGGCGCAGCGGCAGUUCAUGGCGCUGUGGCGCAGCGUCUGCGCCGUCGUGGCGCCCGACGCCGGCGCCCCCGCGGCGCAGCACGACGCCCUCAUCAGCGACCUCGCGCGCGUCGGCACGAAUCUGUUACAAAUCGGGGAAGCAGCGAGCCGGCACCAAUGUACUGACACCUGCGACAACACCUCUUGUAACAACCCUUGUAAUAACCCUUGUAACAACCCUUGUAACACUUCUUGUAACAUCCCUUGUAACACUUGUGGAGAUAACAACUCUUGUAACACGGAGAACGAUUACAAGGAACCUUGUAGCAGCUGUAACAUGGAGUGUAGCAGCAAUUGUAGCAGCAAAUGUAGCAAGGCUUGGAGCAUCAGCUUCGAGCAGUUGCUGCUGGCGGUGGGCGAGCGGCGGUCGCUGAUGGCGGCCCUAAGCGCCACCACCGACGCCGCCCCCGCCCUCAGGCGCAUGGCGGGGCUGCCAAGCCCUAAGCCAGCCAAGCCCUAAGCCCGCCAAGCUCUAAGCCAGCCAAGCCCUAAGCCCAUGCCACUCGUGGAAUUCGUCUUCCGCUCCGCCAUAUUUUAUUCUCAUCAUUAAUGUUUAAUAAAUAAUAAAUUAAUUAAUU